AUGGCGUCUUUCAAACUGGAUUUUCUCCCGGAAAUGAUGGUGGAUCACUGCUCUUUGAAUUCCAGUCCCGUCGGCAAGAAGAUGAAUGGGUCUCUAGACCACCCCGACCAACCGGAUGUAGACGCCAUCAAGAUGUUUGUGGGUCAGAUCCCGCGCUCUUGGUCCGAGGAGCAACUGCGUGAGCUCUUUGAGCCAUACGGCGCUGUCUACGAGAUCAACGUUCUCAGGGACCGCAGCCAGAACCCGCCGCAGAGCAAAGGAUGCUGCUUCAUCACGUACUACACCCGCAAGUCAGCCUUGGAAGCACAGAACGCUCUUCACAACAUGAAGAUUCUUCCAGGGAUGCACCACCCAAUCCAGAUGAAGCCGGCCGACAGCGAGAAGAACAACGCGGUAGAGGACAGAAAGCUGUUCAUCGGCAUGAUCUCCAAGAAGUGUAACGAGAACGAUAUGCGCUUGAUGUUCUCACCUUACGGUCAAAUUGAAGAGUGUCGGAUACUACGAGGCCCCGAUGGAUUGAGCCGAGGCUGCGCCUUUGUGACCUUCACAGCCAGGCAGAUGGCCCAAGCGGCCAUCAAGUCCAUGCACCAGUCCCAGACUAUGGAGGGCUGCUCGUCCCCCAUCGUGGUGAAGUUUGCCGACACGCAGAAGGACAAGGAGCAGAAGCGCAUGGCGCUGCAGCUGCAGCAACAAAUGCAGCAACUCAGCGCCGCGUCCGUGUGGGGUAACCUGACCGGGCUGGGAAGUCUGGGACCACAGUACCUGGCGAUUUACUUGCAGCUGCUGCAGCAGUCAGCCUCCACUGGGAACGCGCUCGGCAACCUGCACCCCGCUUCAGGUCUCAAUGCCAUGCAAAACUUGGCCGCGUUGGCAGCGGCAACGGCCGGGCAGGCCUCGGCAGGCGGCUCCGGCGGAGCGACGGCGUCCAGCAGUCCGUUAAGCGCGCUUACCAGCUCAGGUAACGGCUCCUCCCCUACCUCCAGCGGCGCGUCGUCCGUCAACCCCGUGGCGUCCCUGGGAACGCUGCAGUCUCUUGCCGCCGGCAACGCGAGCUCGCUCGCAGGGAUGGCGGCUCUCAACGGCGGAUUGUCCAAUGGCGGCGGCACUGCCGAGGCGCUGAGUCAGGCCUACUCAGGCAUCCAGCAGUAUGCCGCUGCUGCUGCCGCCGCGGCGCUUCCUGGACUCUACAACCAGAGCCUUCUAUCGCAACAGAGCGUCUCGGCCGCGGGAAGCCAAAAGGAAGGUCCGGAAGGCGCCAACUUGUUCAUUUAUCACCUCCCGCAAGAGUUCGGCGACCAAGACCUUCUCCAGAUGUUCGUGCCCUUCGGCAACGUCAUCUCUGCCAAGGUCUUCAUCGACAAGCAGACCAACCUUAGCAAGUGUUUCGGCUUCGUGAGUUACGACAACCCGGUGUCGUCGCAGGCCGCCAUCCAGUCCAUGAACGGUUUCCAGAUUGGCAUGAAGCGGCUCAAGGUGCAACUCAAGCGCUCCAAGAACGACAGCAAGCCGUACUGA